GCUCUGUCGGUCUGAAUGAAGCCGGAGGGGCCAACCCUGACCUGCCUGACCUGUCCUCUCCCGUCCUCCCCAGGUACCACCACCCUCUCCCCAGGAUCAGGCCACGCCAGGAGGUGCAAUGAGACCGAGAGGGCGUACUGCGUGAACGGCGGGGACUGUUACUUCAUACACGGUAUAAAUCAGCUGUCCUGCAAGUGUCCAAAUAACUUUACCGGUGACCGCUGUCAAACCGACGUUAUGGCCGGUUUCUACGAGCGUCUUGGGAUUGAAUUUAUGGAGGCAGAGGAGCUCUAUAAGAAGAGGGUCCUGACCAUCACUGGCAUCUGCGUGGCUCUGCUGGUGGUGGGAAUCGUGUGUGUGGUCGCCUACUGCAAGACCAAGAAACAGAGGAAGAAAAUGCACAGCCACCUGAGGCAAAACAUGUGUGCGGAAAACCCGAACCGGAACCUGGCAAACGGACCCAAUCACCCUGGACCGGGCCCGGAGGAGAUCCCCAUGGUGGACUACAUCUCAAAGAACGUUCCGGCCACAGAGCACGUGAUUCGGCACGCGGGGACCUCCUUCACCGGCAGCCGAGCGUCUUCCAGAUCCCACCACUCGUCCACCGCAACCCACUCUUCCAGUCACAGAAACGAGGACCGCACGUGGAGUCUGGACAGGACGGGGAGUGUGAUGUCAGACUCGCGCUCGGGCAUGAUGUCGUCCUCGGUGGGGACCAGUAAAUGCAACAGUCCUGCGUGCGUGGAGGCGCGUGCCUGGCGUGCGGCACACUGUGGCAUUACUGAGCCCCACGCCCCCCCCGCCGCCGCCGCCGCCGCCGCCGCGCGGUACAGGGACUCCUUCGACUCUCUGGGAGACUCGCCGCACAGCGACAGGUACGUCUCGGCGCUGACGACCCCCGCCCGCCUCUCUCCCGUGGACUUCCAUUACUCACUGCCCCCACAGGUGCCUACCUUCCAGAUCACGUCUCCCCUCCCGCCCGCGGCCCGGAUGCCGUACUACCUGGAGGACGACCAGCCGCUGCUCCGCCGCUUCCAGCUCCCGCUGCAGGACGUGGCGCGGCCGCAGCGCCGGACCUACCUGAACGACAGCACCGGCAGCCUGCCCGCCAGCCCCUACCGGCUGGCCGCCGACGAGGAGUACGAGACCACCCAGGAGUACCUCUCCUCGCUGGAGCAACCAAAGAGGGCGGCGUCGGGCGGGGGCAGGCGCUGGAGGAGGUCCAGACUCAACGGGCACGUGGCGCCCCGCGGGGACUCCGCCCGGAACUACAGCUCCCAGAGCUGCCUGUCGGACAGCGACUCGGAGGAGGAGGAGGAGGAGGAGCAGGGGGAGAGCACGCCCUUCCUCAGUAUGCAGAACAUGAACGCCGAGCCCGUCGCCGGCUACAGGCCGCCCGACAGCCGGACUUACCACCCGUCGGCGCGGCACGGUUCCCGCGGCAACACGCAGGCCAGACUGUCGCACUCCCGGUCGAAACCGGACAAUGCACCCCUUUAAAAAAAAAAAAACUAAAAAAAAAAAAACUUUCAAAAAUAUAUAAAAAAACUAAAACACAGAAAAAGAAAAAAAAAAACAAACCUCCCGACAAACAAUAUGCUAUAGACCUGCACCUAUAAGAAAUAUUUUUAUUUUAUAUAACAGACAGAUAUUCUAAACAAAUGAAAUAUUUAUUUUCAUUUUAGCAAAAGUUGUCUACUAGCUAACAGCAAAGACUUUUUUAUAGGAAUACUAUUUAUAUGUAAAUUUUGAUUUACAGCAUUAAAAAAGACGUGCCAAUUUUUUCACAACUUAAAAAAUAGAAUAAUAUUGUGGUGCCUUUUGCUGUAUGCUGAUGCCAGAGGUCCAGUUGAGUUUUUUGUAGCCUUUCUUAUACGGACUCCUCAUUUUUAUAGACAUUCUUCUUUUUCUUUCUUUUUUUUUUUUUUUUUUUUUUUUUUUGGUUGUUUGGGAUCUCCCCCAAUUUGAACUGUGAUAUUUUCUCUCUUCAUGCAAUAUAAGCCACUUCUGCAUAAGGUGUAUGUUUACAUGAAUAUGAUUCUCAGACGUGAGGUUUGACAUUUUCUUUUCUCUGACAGGAAGUUGACAAAUGCAACGCAGUCUCGUUUCCUGACUCACGGAGAAAAAUCAUUGUGUCGAGUCUCGCCGACAAACCCGCGCCGUUUUCGUCUUUCGUUUGUUUUCCGCUCCCCGUUACCGCGAGGCAUUCCCAUUGGUUAAGGAGGAGUGCAGGUGUGAGAGUGAGCAUGACAUGUUUUUGGAGGUACCUGUACAUAACAAGGCCUGGAUGUUUGAGAGAGGCUGUGUACUGUGCGUGCAUGCGAGCGAGCGAACGUGUGUGCGAGCGUGUGUGUGCGUGCGCACGAGCACGCCUGUGUUUCUGCGUCUUUGCGUGUGUCGCAGCCGCUGACGAGCCUGGGUUUCUGUGUUCCUUGGAACGCGGGGGAAAAACCCCUUAAGGGUAUAUGUAUGAUAUUUUUAGGGACAAGCUCUGUUGCACUGUACCCCUGCUUCAGGAGUAGCCAGGGGGCCAAGGAGAUGCUUAGUGGUGAGCUAAAUCCAGCCUGGGUCUGAUUCUGGCCUGAAUGGACCGCCCAAACCCCAAAAUCCCCCCUCCCGUAAUCCGCCCCACGCCCCUGUUUCUGCAGCCCCAAAUGAGGGCCGCACAGCGUCUCAGGACUUUCACAUAAACCGUCAGACCGAACCAAGACCCCUGCACCCCCCCAGAGCACACUGCAUUAUUCCCCACACCUGUUCAAAACAGUCUCCGAGCCUUUUCACUUUCAUGGAUCAUGUGAGAGAGAGAGCAUGAGAGAGAGAGUGUGAGAGUGAGAGAGUAAGCAUGACUGACAAAAAAAAAUAAGAGAAGGACAUGACAGAAUGGGCAGCUGUGAUAUUUCAUAGAGGUACAGUGUUUUUCUUUUUUUUUGUUUUUGUGAUUAAAAUGCCAAAAUAUGCAAAAUGA